CAAAACAUCAUCAUAUUCACAUCAUACAGAAACAGAACCAAGGCAGAGAGAAGAAAGAGAGAGAUGGCGGGGGACGAAGAUUGGAGGAAAACGGCGGAGACGACAAAAAUGAGUCCGGAAGAAGUGAAGAGAGCUGGACUGCAGGGAUCACAGAGGCCUCCCGGUCAUAACCCCGGCGGUCUUCUUCACCAGCGACGUCUCGUUCCCCUUGGCCCUACCGCCUUGGCAUUCGCCGGCUCCCUCAUUGUUGGUACCAUCGACUACUUCACCCUUUACGCCCGCAAAAAGCCCGAAGCCACCGCCGGAGACGUUGCCAGGGUCUCCGCCAAUGUUGCCAGCCCCGAGGACACUCGCCCAAGGAAGUAGCACCUCGACCUCGAGGCUCCUCCUAAAAGCUGUGUUUUUUGGUUUUUCAGUUUCUUCAUGCUUUUACACAUUCGAAGACACGGCGCGGUUAAUUGUAACAGUAAUUUUUUUUUUUUUUUGAACAAUAGAGAGGGGGUGGCUUUAGCCAUACAAUUAACUAAGAAUAAUGUGGUUCAAA